AUGCGACACUUACGGUACGUUCUUCUGCUCGCUUUCAGUAUUGUUAUGGGGACAGAGAGUAUAGCCUGGAGAGGCCAAGCAGCUAAUAUCCGAGAUUUACGGGACCAGAGAUCCAUAACCAACAACCCACGCAUCCUGCUAGAGAACGCGGCGCCCUCGAAUAGUUUAGCCUUUGAUGUGCCACUAGCCUCGGACCAGAUACUCUCAAUACUAGCGGCACGAGCUCUUGUCGGGUUGAUCAACUCACAGUUGCCCACCAUCCUGGCCAACCACUCGCAAAAUGAUAACGCAACCACUGGAGACCCAGCUACGCGCAACGACACCAUGAGCAAUCUCCCUAAUAUUCAAUUGUAUAGGGGAUUGCCAGGUGUCACGUAUCCAACGGGGCUGUUGUUGGAAGGAAGCCUUGGGAUCACUAGCGCCGUCAGUACAGAUGGCAUUAAGGGAGAAAAUGCUCCUAAUUCUUUCUCGACAGACACGAUGCCCCAAGAAAUUGAGGCUAUGGUGGACCGCCUGUUGAUGACUUUGAGAACACUAGGGGCAGCUAUGCUUCUGUAG